UUCUAGCAAUAUUUCAAAUCAUUGUUGAUAAAAAAAAUCAAUUGCAGAGGGUGAUAAAAUGUAAAAACAAAUAUUCCAGAUAUGGAAAAUAAACUAGUUGUAAAAUACUAUCUAAACAGCCCAUAUCAAAACUAACUAUUUCAGAACAUUGAAAAAAAAAAACAAAAAAAGAAUUGAAUUGUAUUUAAAUAAGAACAAACGAAGAGAAAUGUUGACCUUUAUAUUACAGUGUCCAGUAUUUGAUUUGGAUAAGGAUGUAGAAUUUUCUGGAACGUACCAGACUGUUACAAAACAAGGAGCCAUUACUAUAGAGAAAAAGAAGUAUACAGAGGAAUCUUUUUACAUUGUUUUGGUAAUGAAACCAAAAGACUAUGAAUGUAAUGGUAUAGAUGAAAUCCAAUUACCUGGCGAAGAAAGGACUAAAUAUUUGACACUUAAAGUAUAUGGCACCAUUAGUAGUUCUAAGUAUUAUAUUGGUAUAGUUGGAGCUCUAGCUAUAUUUGGUGCUUUCUACCUGAUAGCCUUUAUAAUUGGGAUCUGUUAUCAUGGAUGUCAAAAGAAUAGAGGUGUUUGGAUAAUUGAAGAGGAGAAAUCAGAAACUGAAGGAGAGACAGAAGAUUUGCUUAACAGAGCUAACAUAUUACCAGGAUCAUAUGGGGCAACUUCAGGAAAUGAGACUGAUAUGAUGGACAGAUCUUUACAUGAGAUACAGACACCACAUAAUACUACUGUUGACACAGAUUCUGUAGAUUCUAGCAUUGAUUUCCUGCCUGAUGCUGACAAGGAGAAAGAUGUCUUCAGGACAAAGACUAUUUUGUUUGUUGUUGACCUUGCAAGAAAAAGUAGGAAGAGAGUAGCGAAGAGUUACAGUUUAUUUUGCAGAAAUUUAGCAGCUAUUUCCAUUUUCUAUGGCCUUGCAGUACUGCAGCUGGUGUUAACAUACCAAAAGGUACUGAAUGUAACAGGGAACCAGGAUAUCUGUUACUAUAAUUUUGACUGCGCCCAUCCAUUAGGUGCACUUACAUCCUUUAACAAUGUAUUCAGUAACAUAGGAUAUAUUCUACUGGGAAUUCUUUUCCUAUUUUUGGUGGCCAGAAGGGAUGUUGUUUAUAAAAAGGCUGUACAGAAUGAUAGAAAAAUAGGCAAGGAGUUGGGUAUACCACAGCACUUUGGACUGUUUUAUGCCAUGGGAUUAGCUUUAAUUAUGGAAGGUUUGAUGAGUGCUUGCUACCAUGUUUGUCCAAAUUACUCCAAUUUUCAGUUUGAUACAUCAUUUAUGUACAUUAUUGCCUGUCUAUGUAUGUUAAAGAUUUAUCAGUCUAGACAUCCAGAUGUCAGUGCCAAAGCUCAUACUUCUUAUAUGUUUAUGGCCUGUGUUAUAUUUAUUGCUGUGAUAGGAGUGUUACAUGGAACAGAGGCAUUUUGGAUAGUGUUUAGUGCCAUCUACAUGGUGGGAACACUAAUAAUGAGUGUGUACAUAUAUUACAUGGGAAGAUGGAAGCUAAAUAGAGAAAUAUUUAUACAUACAUGGAUACAGAUUAGACAGAAUUGUUUUAUGUGUCCUCGUCCAAUGUACAAGGACAGAUUUAUAUUCCUUGUGUUAGGUAACAGUAUUAACUGGAGUAUUGCUAUAUUUGGUGCAGUAAAACGUCCAGGAGAUUUUGCUAGUUAUUUGUUAGCCAUAUUUAUAGGAAACCUAAUGUUCUAUACUGUUUAUUACACCAUAAUGAAGCUAAGGCACAAAGAACGUCUACAUCCUUUAGCUAUUUUCUUUGUUGCCUGUGCGAUACUUUGCUGGAUUCCUGCUCUGUAUUUUUUCUUUGCUCAUCUGACAUCCUGGCGGUUAAAUCCAUCACAGUCUAGAGAAGGGAAUCAGAACUGCAUGUUGUUUGAGUUUUAUGAUGCCCAUGACAUAUGGCAUUUCCUGUCAGCCAUCAGUAUGUUCUUUUCUUUUCUUAUACUUUUGACAUUAGAUGAUGAUCUAUUUUCAACAAGAAGAGACAAGAUUCCAGUCUUCUGAAAAUCUAAAUAAGUCCAAGAAGACAUUCUGAAAGCUUGUACAUGGCAUUGGGAUCAGAGAUAUCUAUGAUAACAUUCCUUUAAUAAGCAUGUGGCAUACACAACUAAACAAAGCAGUGAAUCAGUGUACACAUGAAGGCAGUUGCUGACUUGUCUAGCGUAGUAUGAUGACAUUUAGGUUGCAUUUAUAUAUUCUUGCAGUAUUCUGGGCUCCUGGAAAAACAUGUGCUUUGCAUUGGUAGUGAGUUAGGAUACUAGUUUAAUUCAUGCUAACCCUUGAUUUUCUUGAUUAAGUGGAAAUCAGAAUGAACAAGAUAGUUUCAAGAUGAAU